AUGGCGUCUCCUGCAACGCCCCAGGGCUCGCUGCGCCAGCGGCCCGUCGGCGCCUCCAAAAAGGCGGCCAGCGCGCCUGCUUCCAACGACGACCAGGAACUCGAUAAGCUCGUCAAGGCCGCCGCGGCCCAGAAGAAGACCGGCAUCGAAUGGGAUCACACAAUUGCCUUGACCGCCAUGACGGUUCUCGGCUUCGUCACACGUUUCUGGGGUAUCAGCCAUCCCAAUGAGGUCGUCUUCGACGAGGUUCACUUUGGAAAGUUUGCUUCCUACUACCUCGAGCGCACGUACUUUUUCGAUGUCCACCCGCCCUUUGCCAAGCUUCUCUUCGCCUUCAUGGGCUGGCUCGUCGGCUACAAUGGCCACUUCAAGUUCGAGAACAUCGGCGACUCCUACAUCGACAACAACGUGCCCUACGUCGCCUUUCGAGCUCUGCCCGCCAUCCUCGGCGCCCUCACCGUCUCCGUCACCUACCUCAUCAUGUGGGAGUCUGGUUAUAGCGUGCCCGCCUGUCUCGUCGCUACCAUCCUCGUCCUCCUCGACAACGCCCACAUCGGUCAGACCCGCCUCAUCCUCCUCGACGCUACCCUGAUCCUCGCCAUGGCCUGCAGCUUGCUCUGCUACAUCAAGUUCUACAAGCAGCGCCACGAGCCUUUUGGUCGCAAAUGGUGGAAGUGGCUCAUCUUCACCGGCUUUGCCCUGUCCUGCGACAUGUCCACCAAGUAUGUCGGUACUUUUGCCUUUGUUGCCAUUGGCUCCGCCGUCAUCAUCGACCUGUGGGAGCUCCUGGACAUUAAGCGCGCUGGCGGUGCGCUCAGCGUGCCUCUGUACGCCAAGCACUUUGCCGCGCGCGCCCUCGGUCUCAUCAUCAUGCCCUUCCUCUUUUACCUCUUCUGGUUCCAGGUCCACUUCAGCAUUCUGAGCCGCUCCGGCCCCGGCGACGACUUCAUGACUCCCGAGUUCCAGGAAACCCUGAGCGACAAUGUCAUGCUCGCCAACGCGGUUGACAUCCAGUACUACGAUACCAUUACCAUUCGCCACAAGGAGACCAAGGCCUACCUUCACAGCCACGGCGAGAAUUACCCGCUUCGCUACGAGGAUGGCCGAGUUUCAAGUCAGGGCCAGCAGGUCACCGGAUACCCGUACAACGAUACCAACAACUACUGGCAGAUUAUCCCUGCUGGCGACGAUAAGAAGACCGGCGUCAAUGUCAUCAACAACGCCCUCGUUCGCCUCAAGCAUGUUUCCACCGACACGGUCCUGCUCUCGCAUGACGUCGCCUCGCCUUACUACCCGACCAACCAGGAAUUCACCACCGUGUCCGUCGAGGAUGCAUUUGGAAGCCGCGAAAACGACACUCUGUUCGAGAUUCGCAUCGAGCAUGGCAAGGCUAACCAGGAGUUCAAGACGGUCGCCGGUCAUUUCAAGCUGAUUCACUUCCCGAGCAAGGUUGCCAUGUGGACUCACACCAAGCCCCUGCCCGACUGGGGUCACAAGCAGCAGGAGAUCAACGGCAACAAGCAGAUCCCCCCCAGCUCCAACGUCUGGAUCGCCGAGGACAUCCCGUCGCUUGACGCCAAGGACGCGCGCCGUGACAAGCCUGCGCGCAAGGUCAAGCACAUGCCUUUCCUGCAAAAGUACUUUGAGCUGCAGCGCGCCAUGUUCUACCACAACAGCAAAUUGACCAGCAGUCACCCGUACGCCAGCCACCCCUACCAGUGGCCCUUCCUGCUCCGCGGUGUCAGCUUCUGGACGCAGAACGACACCCGCCAGCAAAUUUACUUUGUGGGCAACCCUCUUGGCUGGUGGUUCGCCAGUGGUCUCCUGGCCAUCUAUGCCGGCAUUGUCCUCGCCGACCAGAUUUCUCUCCGCCGUGGCAUCGACGCCUUGGAUCGCCGCACCCGCUCCAAGCUGUACAACUCGACUGGUUUCUUCUGGCUCUGCUGGGCCACCCACUACUUCCCAUUCUUCCUGAUGGGUCGUCAGCUUUUCCUGCACCACUACCUGCCCGCUCAUCUCGCCUCGUGUCUGGUGGCCGGCGCCCUAGUUGAGUUCAUCUUCACCACCGGCGCCGCCCCCAGCACCGACAAGCCCGGCCAGAAGCACCUCACCGCCAAGGAGCGCUUUGCCGGCCAGAGCCUCGUCGGCGUCUGGGUCGCGUCAGGCGUCGUCACCGCCAUCAUCGCUGGCGGCUGGUACUUCUUCCUGCCGCUCACCUACGGCUACCCGGGUCUCUCCGUGCCCGAGGUGCAGGCGAGAAAGUGGCUCAGCUACGACCUGCACUUUGCUAAAUAA